AUGCCUCGUUUCAUCGCCCCUGAUGCAGAUAGGAAACCUAGGAAACGACGGGCACACACGAAGUCCCGGAAAGGCUGCGGAAACUGCAAGCUCCGUCAAAUUAAAUGUGAUGAGCGAAAGCCGACCUGCAAGAAUUGCCAUCGCUUCGGAGUAUUAUGUAAUUACGGGCAGCAGGCCAUUCCUGGCGAGGGCAUCCUUCAGGUUGCGAUGAAUGGGCCUUACCAGAUUGGAAUUCUUCCCUCACCCUCGGCCAAAACAGCAGUCCUCGGCGCUCUGAACGCGGCUCUACGGCGGGAGCCAUUUCUGGAUAGCCAAAAUCCGGUUCUGCAGCUAACAAACCGGGAUCUGGACAUUCUCACCCGUUUUCAAUUUAGGACCACUCCAACCUUGGCAACCACCGGCUCCCAAGAUCUGUAUCAGAGAGAGGCGAUUCGUCUCGCUUGUUUGCACCCGUUUUUAAUGCAUGUAGCGUUGGGUAUCACUCUGGCACAUGAUCGCCACCUGGAGUCAUCACCCCCUGUACCUCCAUCAACAGCUGAACUGCACCAUUUAUAUCGAGGGACUGCUAUGUUUAACAAGACACUACAGGGCCCAUUGACUUCUUCAGAAAGAGACGCUGUAUGGGCUUCCGGGAGCCUCUUAACUGCAUCCGCUCUUGCGCAAAUAGAUGCCAAGGUGCCCGAGCAAGCCUGGCCACUUGUAAAACCCACCGAAAACGACCUGACCUGGAUCAUGGUGUUCGACGCGAAGCGAGAACUCUGGCGCAUCGCGAAUCCAAGUAGGGAAGAUAGCUGCCUCCGCGCCUUUGCUGAAGAAGGAUAUUUCAGCCUCCACGCCCCUGGUUAUCCCAAACCAACACUGACCGAACUGCCGGAGGAUGUGAUCCAACUGCUCGGCCUGGAUGGCAGUGAUACCAACUCCGAUAAUCCCUACCGCGUCCCUGCGACUACGCUAGAUAAUAUACUAGCCAUGGAGAGUAGCCAGUCCACUGUACUGUGCUAUCUAUCGUUUCUAUGUCUCAUGCCACAUGACUUCAGGUCACUACUCCAGCAGAAGGAUCCGUAUGCAUUGAUAUUGAUGGCUUAUUGGUAUGCCCAUUUCAGCCAAUCUCGGGCAUGGCAUAUCUGGCGGCGAUGCAUUUUGGAAUGCCAAGCAGUCUGCAUCUAUCUGGGAAGGCAUCACGGUGAUAUACUCGGGAUAGAGAAGAUUUUGGAGUUUUCUAGGCGGCUUUGCGAGGUUGGCACCGUUUAA